AUGGUGAGUGACCCUGUGGAGAAUCAUUCUGCAGACAGUGAUCCUGUGCAGGGUGACCAUGUGGUGAGUAAUCCUGUGGAGAGUGAUCCUUUGGUGAGUGAUCCUGUGGGAAGUGGUCCUGUGAAGAGCCACCCUGUGGAGAGUGAUCCUGCGGAAAGUUAUGACGUGGCGAAUGACCCUGUGCGGGGAUAUCCAGUGCAGAGUGACCCUGCGGAGAAUGAGUCUGUGGAGAGUGAUCAUCUGAUAGAUGAUGUGGAGAGUGACCCUGUGGGGAGUGAUCCAGUGGAGAGUGUAUCUGCAGAGAAUGAUUCUGUGGUGAAUGAUCCUGUGGAGAGUGAUCCUGUGAAGAUUUUUCCCGUGGUGAAUUCGACAGUGGAGUGUGAUCCUGUGCAGUGUGAUUCUCUGGUGAAUGACACUGUGGAGAAUGGUCCCACAGAGAGUGAUCCGGCAGUGUGUGAUCCUGCAAAGCCUGAUUCUUUGGAGUGUGAUCCGGUGGAGAGUGAUCAUGUGAAGAGCGGCCCAGUGGUGAGUGAUAUUAUGGAGAGCAAUUCUCUGGCAAAUGAAUGA